AACACAUAUUUGUACGAAAACCACUUUUAGGCUAUGAAUGUAAAGAAAAUAAAACAUUAACGUAGCGUUGCUUCUCUUCCACCGCGCGCGGUUUGUAACCUCGAAUGUCCCCGGAACAAAUCAUCAGACGAGUAGAUAUAUCCAGACGGACCUGUUUUGUCGACACACAUUUACUGGUCCAAGUCGCAACGUUUAACAUGGCUGUUACUCUUCACACAGAUUUAGGGGACAUCAAAAUUGAAAUAUUCUGUGAACGCGCACCGAAAGCUUGCGAGAACUUCCUCGCCCUGUGUGCCAGCGGCUUCUACAAAGGAUGUAUAUUCCACCGAAACAUUAAAGGCUUUAUGGUGCAAACUGGAGACCCAACAGGCACUGGCAAAGGAGGAACUAGCAUAUGGGGCCGCAAGUUUGAAGAUGAGUUCAGCGAACAUUUAAAACAUAAUGUUCGAGGAGUGGUCUCCAUGGCAAAUAAUGGUCCAAACACAAAUGGCUCCCAGUUCUUCUUCACCUAUGCCAAACAGCCUCAUCUGGACAUGAAGUAUACUGUGUUUGGAAAGAUUAUCGAUGGCUUGGAAGCAGUGGAUGAGCUGGAGAAACUCCCCGUGCACGAAAAAACGUUUCGACCGUUGACUGAAACUCGGAUUAAGGAUGUAACCAUUCACGCCAACCCUUUUGCUGGUUAGAAAGCUUCACAUUUUGCCAAAAAGCUGUUGUCGGUGUAUUAAUAUGGGAAAAGUCUCCAGAUUACUUUGUAAUUCAUAAAUUGUACAUUUGAAAUUUUUUUUGUACUGAAUAAAAUGUAAUC